AUGGGUCUUCUGUGGAAUAUCGCCUAUUAUAGCUGCCAUCCGAAUCAGUUGAGGUCCAUCAUCCAAUGGAAAGUAUGGCACAACCCUCCACACGAGCGUGAUAUUUCUAAGGACUCGGAAACGCUCAAAAAAUGCUUCCAUUUCCUGCAAUUGACCAGCAGGAGCUUCUCAACCGUCAUCUUGGAGCUUCACCCAGAGAUGCUGAUUCCUGUCACUGUCUUCUACCUUGUUCUCCGCGGGCUGGAUACGAUUGAAGAUGAUACCUCCGUGCCGUUUGAUGUGAAGGAGCCAUUGUUGCGAGACUUCAAGAACAUCAUCGAGAAAGAUGGUUGGACCUGGAAUGGCAAUCGUCCGGAAGAAAAGGACCGGCAACUCUUGGUUGAGUUUGAUAAUGUCAUUGCCGAGUACAAGCCGCUGAAGCCAACGUACCGUGCAAUUAUCAAAGACAUAACCAAUAAAAUGGGGAAUGGCAUGGCGGAUUUCGUCUACAAGGCCGAAACAGACGGCAUCAGUGUACAAACAGUGGAAGAAUAUGACCUUUACUGUUAUUAUGUAGCGGGUCUUGUCGGGGAGGGUGUAACUCGGCUAUUUGUCGAAGCACAAUUUGGCAACCCAGGAUUGCUGUCACGCCCCAAUCUCCAUAAAUCAAUGGGGUUAUUUUUGCAAAAAAUCAACAUUAUUCGUGAUAUCCGCGAGGACCACGAUGACCGACGACAUUUCUGGCCCAAAGAGAUUUGGUCCAAACAUGUUGAUAAGUUCGAGGAUCUUUUUGACCCUCAAUAUAAAGAAGCCGCUUUGAACUGCAACUCAGAAAUGGUCCUGAAUGCUCUCAAUCAUGUCGAAGAGUGUCUCUUCUAUCUUGCGGGGAUACGGGAGCAGAGUGUGUUCAAUUUCUGUGCUAUCCCACAAGCCAUGGCUAUUGCGACACUGGAGCUGUGCUUCCGCAAUUACUCGAUGUUCCAACGAAACAUCAAAAUCACAAAGGGCGAUGCUUGCCGUUUGAUGAUUGAGUCGACACAAAACCUGAGAGUCCUCUGUGACACGUUUCGCAAAUAUACCCGCAAGAUCCAUCAGAAAAACACUCCGAAGGAUCCUAAUUUCGUGGAAAUCAGUAUCGUUUGUGGUAAUAUCGAGCGAUUCAUUGAGACGCUUUUCCCAUCGCAAAAGGCCGAGGAUGCCAAGAGUAAAUUGGCUGGUCACUCAACAGAAGAGGAAGAAAAGAAGAAGCAGCGAGAACUAGAGUCCUGGGAGGACCUCAAAAUGAUGCUGACGAUUAUGGGCGCCAUUGUCUUCUUAAUUACGAUCGUACUGUUUUUUGUGGCUUGGCUAUUAGGCGCUCGGUUUGAUCUGGCCUUGGCCGAGAUCAGAAAGGGCAAUUUUCGUCCACCCAACAAAGUUGCUCAUUCAGAGCUAUAA